AUGCAAAAGAAAGGUAACAGAUCAUGGAAACUUCUUCGUCUAGCUCUGAUAUGGUUAAGAAAAGGUGCAGAAUCAAGAAGAACACUAGUAAUGGAUCUUCGCAAAUUCAUCAAACUCGUCGGAUGUAAAUCUGAUUCGCCGGCGGUUCUCAGGCGCUACGGCGAAAGGCAAAUGUCUUUCGAUGCAACACCCAUUAUUCAUGUCAAGAUGCACCGACCACGUCAUGAAGUCACCAUCUUCAACAUUCCAUGUAUAAAACCGCCUAAAGUUCAUUUCGAUUAUAUUGAUCAUGAUCAAUAUGAAGAUGAUGAUGAUCAAGAGAGAUUUGGAUGUUCAUACUAUGUUGAUGAAGAUGAUGAAAUUGAUUUAAAGGCGGAACAGUUCAUUACUAGAUUUUACCAAGAAAUGAAGAUUCAAAAAUGA